UGCCGGCGGCUCGGGUUGCAGGCGCGCAGGCGAGAGCGCCUGUCAGCCGCUGGGUCGGUCCUCCCGCUGGCCCUCCCUCUCCCCGGCCUUUGGGGCAGGCGCGGUGGAGCCCGCCCCCCGGGUCCCCCGAUGGGGGAGAAGCGGCGACGGCGGCAGCGAAGUGAGCGAGCCGGAGCGUGAGCGGCCCUGCGGCGGCCAUGGGCGACCCAGCCCCCGCCCGCAGCCUGGACGACAUCGACCUGUCGGCCCUGCGGGACCCUGCAGGAAUCUUUGAGCUGGUGGAGGUGGUUGGCAAUGGAACCUAUGGACAGGUGUACAAGGGUCGGCAUGUCAAGACUGGGCAGCUGGCUGCCAUUAAGGUCAUGGAUGUCACAGAGGAUGAGGAAGAAGAGAUCAAACAGGAAAUCAACAUGUUAAAGAAGUACUCUCACCAUCGUAAUAUUGCCACCUACUAUGGGGCCUUUAUCAAGAAGAGCCCUCCUGGGAACGAUGACCAGCUCUGGUUGGUGAUGGAGUUCUGUGGUGCUGGCUCGGUGACUGACCUGGUAAAGAACACGAAAGGGAAUGCACUGAAGGAGGAUUGCAUUGCCUACAUCUGCAGGGAGAUUCUCAGGGGUCUCGCUCAUCUCCAUGCCCACAAGGUGAUCCACCGAGACAUCAAGGGACAGAAUGUGCUGCUGACAGAGAAUGCUGAAGUCAAGCUAGUGGAUUUUGGGGUGAGUGCUCAGCUGGAUCGCACUGUGGGCAGGCGGAACACUUUCAUUGGGACCCCAUACUGGAUGGCCCCAGAAGUCAUUGCCUGCGAUGAGAACCCUGAUGCCACCUACGACUACAGGAGUGACAUUUGGUCUCUAGGAAUCACAGCCAUCGAAAUGGCAGAGGGAGCCCCCCCUCUAUGUGACAUGCACCCCAUGCGGGCUCUCUUCCUCAUCCCUCGGAACCCUCCCCCAAGACUCAAGUCAAAGAAAUGGUCUAAGAAGUUCACUGACUUUAUCGAUACGUGUCUCAUCAAGACUUACUUGAGCCGCCCACCAACUGAACAGUUACUCAAGUUUCCCUUCAUCCGAGACCAGCCCACAGAGCGGCAGGUCCGCAUCCAGCUCAAGGACCACAUUGACCGCUCCCGGAAGAAGCGGGGUGAGAAAGAGGAGACGGAAUAUGAGUACAGUGGCAGCGAGGAGGAGGACGACAGCCAUGGAGAGGAAGGCGAGCCGAGCUCCAUCAUGAAUGUGCCUGGGGAGUCCACACUCCGCCGAGAAUUCCUCCGACUCCAGCAGGAGAAUAAGAGCAACUCUGAGGCUUUAAAGCAGCAGCAGCAGCAGCAGUUGCAGCAGCAGCAGCAGCGAGACCCUGAGGCACACAUCAAACACCUGCUGCACCAGCGGCAGCGCCGCAUAGAGGAGCAGAAGGAAGAGCGGCGGCGUGUGGAGGAGCAACAGCGGCGAGAGCGGGAGCAGCGGAAGCUGCAGGAGAAGGAGCAGCAGCGGCGGUUGGAAGAUAUGCAGGCCCUGCGGCGAGAGGAGGAGAGGCGGCAGGCAGAGCGGGAACAGGAAUACAAGCGGAAGCAGCUAGAGGAGCAGCGGCAGUCGGAGCGGCUCCAGAGACAGCUGCAGCAGGAGCAUGCCUACCUCAAGUCCCUGCAGCAGCAGCAGCAACAACAACAGCUCCAGAAGCAGCAGCAGCAGCAGCAGCAACAGAUCCUGCCUGGGGACAGGAAGCCCCUGUAUCAUUAUGGUCGGGGCAUUAAUCCUGCUGACAAGCCAGCAUGGGCCCGAGAGGUGGAAGAGAGAGCAAGGAUGAAUAAGCAGCAGAACUCUCCCUUGGCCAAGACGAAGCCAAGCAGUACAGGGCCAGAGCCCCCCAUCUCCCAGGCCUCUCCUAGCCCCCCAGGACCUCUUUCCCAAACUCCUCCUAUGCAGAGGCCUGUGGAGCCUCAGGAAGGACCGCACAAGAGCCUGGUAGCACACCGGGUCCCACUGAAGCCAUAUGCAGCACCUGUACCCCGAUCCCAGUCCCUGCAGGACCAACCCACUCGAAACCUGGCUGCCUUCCCUGCCUCCCACGACCCUGACCCUGCUGCUGUCCCCACACCCACUGCCACGCCCAGUGCCCGAGGAGCUGUCAUCCGCCAGAAUUCAGACCCCACCUCGGAAGGGCCUGGCCCAAGCCCAAACCCCCCAUCCUGGGUCCGGCCUGAUAAUGAGGCUCCACCUAAGGUUCCUCAGAGAACCUCGUCUAUUGCCACUGCCCUUAACACCAGUGGGGCCGGAGGGUCCCGGCCAGCUCAGGCUGUCCGUGCCAGACCUCGCAGCAACUCCGCCUGGCAAAUCUAUCUACAGAGGCGGGCAGAGCGGGGCACCCCCACGCCUCCCGGGGCCCCAGCUCAGCCCCCUGGCCCGCCCAACGCCUCUAGUAACCCCGACCUCAGGAGGAGUGACCCUGGCUGGGAGCGCUCAGACAGUGUCCUCCCAGCCUCUCAUGGACACCUCCCUCAGGCUGGCUCACUGGAACGAAACCGAAACCGUGUGGGAGCCUCCACAAAACUGGACAGCUCACCAGUGCUCUCCCCUGGGAACAAAGCCAAGCCUGAAGACCACCGUUCAAGGCCAGGCCGGCCCGCAAGCUAUAAGCGAGCAAUUGGUGAGGUUAGUGAGAGGGGUUGUUGGGGAGCCCUCUCUGUUCCCUGUCUGCAGCUCCACUGGCAGCCCCCUAUGUAUUGCUUCUACCCAAGCCCCACUGCGUCCCCUCAUGCCAUUUCUUCCCUGCAGGAUUUUGUGUUGCUCAAAGAGCGGACCCUGGAUGAGGCCCCUAGGCCUCCCAAGAAGGCCAUGGACUAUUCCUCAUCCAGUGAGGAGGUGGAGAGCAGUGAAGAUGAGGAUGAGGAAGGCGAUGGGGAGCCGUCAGAGGGGAGCAGAGACACUCCCGGGGGCCGCAGUGACGGAGAUACGGACAGCGUCAGCACCAUGGUGGUUCAUGAUGUUGAGGAGAUAGCCGGGACCCAGCCCCCAUAUGGUGGAGGCACCAUGGUGGUCCAGCGUACUCCUGAAGAGGAACGAAGCCUGCUGCUUGCUGACAGCAAUGGCUACACAAACCUGCCCGAUGUGGUCCAGCCCAGCCACUCACCUACUGAGAACAGCAAAGGUCAAAGCCCUCCCACAAAGGAUGGAGGCAGUGAUUACCAGUCUCGUGGGUUGGUAAAGGCCCCUGGGAAGAGCUCUUUCACCAUGUUUGUCGACCUAGGGAUCUACCAGCCCGGAGGCAGUGGGGACACCAUCCCUAUCACAGCCCUAGUAGGUGGAGAGGGUGGUCGUCUUGACCAGCUGCAGUUCGAUGUGAGGAAAGGCUCUGUGGUCAACGUCAACCCCACCAACACCCGGGCUCAUAGUGAAACUCCCGAGAUUCGGAAGUACAAGAAGCGAUUCAAUUCGGAGAUCCUCUGUGCAGCCCUCUGGGGGGUCAACCUCCUGGUGGGCACAGAGAAUGGGCUGAUGCUGCUGGACCGGAGUGGACAGGGCAAAGUGUAUGGACUCAUUGGGCGGCGACGCUUCCAGCAAAUGGACGUGCUGGAGGGGCUCAACCUGCUCAUCACCAUCUCAGGGAAAAGGAACAAACUUCGGGUAUAUUACCUGUCCUGGCUGCGGAAUAAGAUUCUGCACAAUGACCCAGAGGUGGAGAAGAAGCAAGGGUGGACCACUGUGGGGGACAUGGAGGGCUGUGGCCACUAUCGUGUUGUGAAAUAUGAGCGUAUUAAGUUCCUGGUCAUUGCCCUGAAGAGCUCUGUGGAGGUGUAUGCCUGGGCUCCUAAACCCUACCACAAAUUUAUGGCCUUCAAGUCCUUUGCUGACCUCCCUCACCGCCCUCUGCUGGUGGACCUGACCGUAGAGGAGGGACAGCGACUCAAGGUCAUCUAUGGCUCCAGUGCUGGCUUCCAUGCUGUGGAUGUUGACUCUGGGAACAGUUAUGACAUCUACAUCCCUGUGCACAUCCAGAGCCAGAUCACGCCCCACGCCAUCAUCUUCCUCCCCAACACCGACGGCAUGGAGAUGCUGCUGUGCUAUGAAGACGAGGGUGUCUAUGUCAACACCUAUGGGCGGAUCAUCAAGGAUGUGGUGCUGCAGUGGGGAGAGAUGCCCACCUCUGUGGCCUACAUCUGCUCCAACCAGAUAAUGGGCUGGGGUGAGAAAGCCAUUGAGAUCCGCUCUGUGGAGACAGGCCACCUAGAUGGGGUCUUCAUGCACAAACGAGCCCAGAGGCUCAAGUUCCUGUGUGAGCGGAAUGAUAAGGUGUUUUUUGCCUCAGUCCGCUCUGGGGGAAGCAGCCAAGUUUACUUUAUGACUCUGAACCGUAACUGCAUCAUGAACUGGUGAUGAGGCCCUGGGCUGGGCUCCCCAUGGACCCAGCUCUCUCCCCACAGCCAGACCGCCCAGGCCGCCCAGCCCUGCUCCCCCUCUCCCUUUGGGCUUUUGCUUUUACUGGUUUGAUUCACUGGAGCCUGCUGGGAACGUGACCUCUGAUCCCUGAAGCUUUUGUGAUCACGUGACCAUCCUUUCUCCCAACAUGUUUUCAAAACUGUGCCUGUCCCCAACUUCUGGGGAAUGACACAGCUUCCCCUCACCAGGAAUUGAGUGGGACUUGCCCCUCCCCUUUUCUCCACUUAAGAGGAGAGUGCUUGGGGCUUGGACCCCCUUACCCCAUUGCUGCUGACUGAGCAGGGCCCUGUACCCCUUUAUUUGCACGCCAGGGGAGCCGGCUCCCCCCUUGAAUGUACCAGACUCUGGGGGGGGUCACUGGGCCCUGGGUUCUGGGGGGGAGGGUCACCAGCCACUCCAGGGGCAGGGACUAUGUCCUCAUUUUCUGAAAGCACUUUAAUGAUUUCCCCUCCCCCAGGUCCCAGGGAAUGGAGGAGGGACCCCAUAGCCAAAACAUUCCUCCUUCCCACCCUCCCCUCCCUUCAUGCCCCCUUGCUUGCAUCUGUAUAUAGUGUGAGCAGCAGGUAGCCCUUCCCCCUCCUGUAUCCUUUCUCAAUGUAGUGGCCUUGGAUACCCGUUUGUUAAUAAAGACGAUUCUACCAGCUCCCACCAUGUUGAGAGCCCAGCAUCUGA